ACAAGCCCGUUAUUUUGAGGGCUGAGGUACAAUGGGCCUACAUGGGCCGGACUAUCCGGCCCGUUCAGAUGAUAACUACUAGAUGAAAAUUCCCCCACAUUUUUCCAACCCUUCUUCAUACUACGAACCUCUCCGAUCAGUCCCCUAAAGGCUAAAACCUCCGCUGGCGCUGCUCCUUCUUCGUCUUCUUCCCACUUUCUGCUCAGCAAUUGGUUUCCAUUAGCUUCUUCAACUCCACAGCUCCCUUCAAGAUGGUCACCAAAAGGCAGAAAUUAGCCCGACGGAAAUUCAAACAAGAGAACCCAGCUCUGUUCCCAAAACCAGAACCGACGCCGCCCAAGGACCCCAACAAGCCGAAGAAAAAGAAGAGCUUGUUCAAGCGCAAGAAGAAGAACACUGAGCCCAAAGAUCCCAGCAAGAGAAGCAAAUUCACGAAACGGCCCCUUACGGUCCCUGGAAUUAAGCCCGGGGAUACUUGUUACAUAUGCAAGGCUGUGGACCAUAUUGCCAAACUUUGCCCCCAGAAAGCUGAAUGGGAAAGGAACAAGAUAUGUUUGCUCUGCAGGCAGCGGGGGCAUAGCCUCCAGCGUUGUCCCAUUAAGGAAGAUGAGACGGUGGCUGCUAAGCUGUGUUAUAAUUGCGGGGAGUCUGGACAUUCCUUGGCUAACUGCCUCCAGCCUCGUCAAGAUGGGGGAACCAAGUUUGCCAAUUGUUUUAUCUGCAAUGAACAAGGCCAUUUGAGCAAGGACUGCCCCAAAAAUGCUCAUGGGAUAUACCCCAAGGGUGGUUGCUGUAAAAUAUGCAGCGGGGUGACACAUUUGGCUAGAGAUUGCCCUGAUAAGGGUCAAAUGUUUACUCCUUCCAGUGAUAGACAAGCCUUCCGGAAUAUCGAAAGACCAACAGGGAAGUUGACCAAGUUUAUAAGUGGGGAUGAGCUUGAUGACGAUUUUAUGCCAGAUAGUAACGCAUACAACAGCGAGCAAACUGGGAAGGCAUCUGAUCCGAACGAAGAAGCUACAAAAUCCAAGAAGAAAAAUGGUCCCAAAGUAGUGAACUUUGAAGGGUAGAAUGUGAUAGUUGCUUAGGUUUAUAACCACCCGGCUUUCCAACAGAUACUGCAGAUCUCAGAGAGUUGUUCAAGUUCCAGGAUGGUAUUCCCCUUCCCUAGCAACAAAAUUUUGCUUUGCCAACUUCAAGGUUUUGUUUACUUGUGUUGUCGUGUGUGCCAAUUUUGUAGAAUGUAUAGAGAAUUACCUUUGACAGACCAUAAGUUUGGAGAAAUGACCACCCUG